UGCCGCACUCAGCAGUCUGUAUAAUAUUGUUCUCUUCAUACGCCGAUGAUUGCAUUCAACGGAUUAGGAUUUUGAUACCUUUCAGGUUUUGCACGUGCUGACGACACCGAAGAAAGGUGUAUUAGCCAUCACACGCAGUACAAUUCGGUGUGCCGGAAAAACAAUACACCGGACCGGAACUGUACGGAGCGGGGCGGGGCUAGCCGGGCGCAUGCGCAACGGAUUAUUAUAUGCUCAUAUCGAUGACGCGUUCAUAUGUGCAUGUACUCGAGUACAGCGCAUGUACGAAGACGCAGACCGGAACUCUCUUAUGUUUCAUCUUUUCUUUCGAAGGAAAAACAACACAGUACAGUAAUACGGCUGCUUGGCCUUCGUGUGACAGAACCGCCAUCAUAACAGCGCGGGGCGCAUUUUUCCUCCGCUAACGUGGCAAUCGCAUAACGCGCAGUAUACACAGUGUUUUGCUAUUAUUUGUGGGUGGUACAGCGUGAAUUGGUCAAUUGUUUUUGCAUUAUAUCCGACUGGAACCGACGAGUGGGAUGUGAAGUCCCGAAUUAAGGAGAUCCACCCGGGUACUAUUUACGGGUGCGCGUUUGUUGGUUUAUAUAUUAUUGUUAGUUAAAGCGGGAUCACGCGGACGGUGUAUAUAAUCGCCGGUCAGCAUCGAUGCGGUGCGUCUGAAUGGUCGCGAUUACCGGUGUCUGAGAUCGGGAAUUUCCAAUCUUAACCGGCAUAUUUCAUCCCUACACUGCUGGGAAAAUGAUCACGCUACGAAUCCUUCCGUUUUUAUUACUGGGAAUAUUUAAGGUACCCGGCAUAUCGGCAUCCGGAGUGCUACAUGUGGAAGUGCUCAGCUAUACCAGUCCAGGUGCAUCGAGGAUACGACCGUCGUCCCUCUGCUGUGAUGCCGGCGACAGCGCCGAGCCGGCCUGCUCGGCACCUUGUGAUAUUUUUGUAUCGAUAUGUAUUAGCAAAGAGAACCUCAAAUCCCGUUUUCCCAAAGGCCUGACGGAUGCGGACAGCAUUGACUGCGGCGAUGGGAAGCUGAUCGAUGCGCGGCUGCCCUCGCCCUUCGGGUAUCCCGACGGUGCCCGGGUGCCGGCUAAUCUGCACUUUAAGAGCGCCUUCGACGGCCGGUGGGCGGGAUAUCAGAAUAUUCGUCUGCAGUUGCGACGCGGCGAUAAGAACGGGAAUACAGAGAGUGUCGACCGGUUUAGUGUCAACUAUUUCAAGACCGAUGCGUUCGAUGAAGGCAGCUAUACCGGGAAGGUCUUCACGGCGUCGGGGAUCAGACCGAAUUCUACAUCCAAGCUGGAAGUGCGCGUGGCCGCUGUAUGCGACUACACGUCGUCGCGUAGUGUGGCACCCUACUGCGAGAACGCACCAUGCAGCCCGACAGAUGACUGCACUGGCCAUUACACCUGUCAUCCGGCCACCGGCAAAAAAGUGUGCUUAAACGGAUGGACCGGAACCAAGUGUAAUGAGCGCUUAGCACUGCUGCCCGCCUGCGCCAAAGAUCAUCAGUGUGCCAAUGGUGCACCGUGUAUCGUCAACGGAACCUCACCCAGUGAUUACUACUGCUGCUGCUCCGUCGGCUGGCACGGUCCCCACUGCGAUAAACCAGCCGGCAUCGAUUUCGCCCGUCUGCGCGUCAAAACCACCAGCCUCGAUGACGAAUUCAACAGCCUAUCGGAUGCCGUUGACGAUGAAUUCCUCCCGGCCGAUUUGGUCAUCAGGCCGCAGAUCCGCAAGGUCCGCCAAGCUCCGCCCAACCCCACCAUUCGGGUGGGCGUGCAGGUUCCCGAGACCGCCGGCCGCGUCCUCCUGGUUCCGACCGUCAACGCCACCGCCCCGGGUUUCGUCGGGCACCGACCGCUGUUCAACAUCAACGCCCAGACGGAUCCGCAAAUCUUCAGCUCCAUGCAGCUGAUCAACAUGGUGUCGCCGGUGGACGGAGCGUUGGGCGUGCAUAAAGUGGCCAUUAUGAACGCGCCCAAGAGCAUUCAGGACUUGGAGGCUGUCCUGCAGACGGCAUGGUGGAAUGCCAAUUUUGGUAACAAAGCCCAAGGUCUGUCGCAGAGCGCGGUGACCGUGAAAAUCCUGCAGUUCCGCGAUUAUGGCCUGUUUUCGGAUCAGGGAAUCCCUGUGAUCGAAGCAACCUACGCCGUCGGUCUCAACCGCUCCAUCGUGCCGGCCACCUUCGACACCUCCACGGUCCGCCUGCCCGACAUCCAGGGAUUGACCCGCGCCCUGCAGACUCGUGAUUUGCAGUUGUGCGAUUGUGAUGUGUACGAAGGACGCUAUCUCCAUUUAGUCGGGAUUGUCAGCGUCGGCUCCAACGCCACCCAGUACCAGCAGGCCAUGCAGGCGGUCUGGUUGAGUGUCGGGCCGGAACUGCGCUGUGGCAACUGCCAGGUCAGCGUCCGCUUCGCCCGGACCGUCAUCACAGUGGGAACAGCCGGGGUGCGAUUGACGACCAUCCCAUACGUUGUGCUGCUGAACAAUAAAGUCUGGGCGACGCAGACCUUCGUGAAUAUGCAGCUGGAUCCCAGUGCCGUCGAAACGGCGCUGGCGGCGGUCGGGCAACCGGUGCAAGUGUACCAUGGAACGCAGUUGCCGGUUUACGCCGCACUGGCCUUCGUCAAUUACCUCAACGCUAACAUCCACUUUCAAGAUAUCCCGGCGGUGCAGCGAAGUUUACAAUCGUAUCUGGACGCUCGCAUGCCCCGACCCCCGGUACUUGCAACGGUAUGGAAUCUGGAGCCGUUCUUGGAUCCCACUGCGAACGUCAUUACGCAAUCGUCCUACUUCCUGUCCCUGCCCAACGGCGAGGUCAUGGACCCGCGUCUCUUCUACGCUCCCCCCAUCAUCGACAUCCUCUCCCGACAAAGCGAGGGCAACGUAUCGACCUUCACCGGUGAGACAUUGGGCAUCCACCCAGUGUACCUGUACGGCGACAUCAACGCCAAUCUCCUCCGCUCCGUGGCCGAGAUCCUCAAGAUGACGUACGCCGAGCAGAACACCGGCCAGGUCAACCCCGACGACGUCCAGGUGGCCGUGGUCAGUAUGGACAAUGGCUUGGUCCAGGCUUUGCCGCCGCAAAGCGGGAUGACCCGGGUCACCGAGCUCCACGUGUCGGCCAUGGUCGGCGGUGUCGACCCGGACCGGAAGCCCAAUCUGACGCCCUUCCACCAGAUGUUGACGGCGCCGGAUUCGCAGAAUGUCCUGGAUACACGGUUGACGGCAUUCGAUACCAAAGUGUGCCGGAACUGCCAGUUUAGGAAGCUGCGUACGUUGAAUUUGUUGCAAGUGGACCCUACCACGGCGUCGGUGGCUGAUGCGCAGGCUAUUAUGGACAAGCUCUUCUCGGCGUGGAUUGCGGCCAAUCCCGAGUCACCGUGGCUGCCGAUGAAUUUGAUGCUGGCGGGGCGGGACGAUUCGUUAGCCAAUGAAAAUGGAACACUGGUAUCCCAACUUUUAUACUCGGUGGGCUACCCGCUGCCAAACUUCAACUGGUACAUUCCCCGCGAUCCAUCUAACGACAAUCUGGAGCGUCAACUUGCCCUCGUCAAAGCCGUGCCGUUUUUCGGUACACCUAUUCUGCCGCAACGGAUCUCCCUGAACAAACAUAUGGGAGCGGCUGAUCAGACGCUUUUCGCUACCGCCGCCAUGCGGGCGUGGGCGGAAGACAAAGAUGAUUUGAGACUGUGCCUGCAACCGGAUGCCAACUGCUUCAUCGCUGUGGCUGAUGCCGAGAAUCCAGCCGUUAACAAUGUCAAUGGCAAUCCGCAGUAUCUUUACAAAUAUUUCAUCCUGGUAAACGAUAAAGUCUACACGCCUACCAGCCCGCUCUCCCAAUCCCAACUGAUCAAACUCCGCAACACCAUGGACGCCACCAGCGGUACCGGAGCGGGCGGCGCCGUCGUGGUCAUCGCUCCUCCGGCCGGCUCCAACAUCACCAUCGCCGUGACCCAGGCGCCCACGACGACGACCACCACACCGGCCGUUCCUGCCACCCUCCCCGGCGGGGCAGCGGCACCUCCUCCCCUCAACUUCACCCACUCGCUCAACAUGGUGGUGGGCACGGAGCGCCAGAAAGCCAAAGUCCUGGACGCCGUCAAGAACGUCUGGUCGAUGGCACUCGGCCCCAACGUCACCAACGUCCGCCUAAUCCCGGUGUCCGACCAACCCGGUUUCCCGGAUCCAUACACCGCGGACGGCCUCCCCAUCCGCACGGUCGUCUACUUGGUCCAAUGGACGCCGGUCGGCACCUACAACAUCCAGAAUGCGGUGUCGCUCUUCAACCAGCUCCUCCCAGCGGCUAACAUCCGGGAGAUCCAGUUGGCCAACCCGGGCGGCAGCACUCCAGCACCCCCUUCGGCGUUUGUGGUGGACUUUGGUAAAUCUCCGGUCAACCAGUCUGUGGCAGUGGUUCCUAUUAUCGUUCCACCGGCACCUGCGGCCCAGAAUCAGUCGGUUGGACCCCAGGCUGUGGUCCCGAUUCUUGGUCGUAGUCCCGGACCCAAUUUGAACGCCACGACUACCACGGCGGCAUCCGUCGGUCCCGCCGCCCCGAUUCUAAUCAUCCCGGCGGCCUCCACCGCGACAACGGCGGCCCCGAACGUCAUCAAGGGUCCCUUUGUCAUCCAUGAUACCCUCGCCAUCACCGCCGACACCAAACGCCAGCGGGACCGCAUCCUGGAAGAUCAGGUCAAACCCCAGUGGGUCCAGGCGCUCGGUCCGGGUGUCCCGCGGUUCAACCUGAUCGUCAAAGGUGACCAGACCUACUCGACACCCUCCGCGCCAGAAGGCAAGACGCCCGCUGGCAACAGUAUCCGGCAGAUUAACUACGAUAUCGCUGGUGUGUCUGGUGCGCCGAUAGAUACCACCGCCGCCUUGAACAAGUUCCAUGAAUUGGCGGGACAGGCCGGUCUCCAUGACGUGUGGGCCAUUCCGGAUCAGUACGGCACCAUGGUCUUGGCGUCGACCAUUCCCAAAGCCACAACGACCACGGUGGCGUCCGCUGUCGGCCCUGCGGUGGCAGUCAUCAUUCCCGCAGGACCGGUGGCAACAACUGCUAAGGUACCCACAACGCGCCGCCCGGUGGUGGCCCACGGCGACUUCAGCUUGCCGGACGUGAUUGCCAUUACGGCGGACACACGGCGACAACGGGAUCGCAUCCUGGAAGAUGAAAUCAAACCAGUCUGGCGUGAAACAUUCGGAAAAAACGUUUCCGAUGGCUUUAAAUUCACCGUGAAAGGCGAUAGCACGUUCAAUCCACCGAGCACUCCCGAAGGCAAGAGCAUCCGCCAGAUUGCCUAUACCGUCGACGGAAUGUCCACCGUGGACCUCAACUUCAACGAAGCCGCAGACCAGUUCCACGUGCUGGCCCUCAACGCCGGCCUCCCGAGUCUGUGGGCGGUGCCGGAUCCCUACGGCAACUGGAUCCUGGCCUCGUCCGUCCCCAAAAAGACCACCACGACGGCCGCCCCUACCACCACCACCGCCAACGCCACCGGACUGGCGGUCAUUCCGAUCGUCAUCCCCGGUUCCGGCGAAUCACAGCCGACCCCGGCGCCAACCGAGGCACCGGUUCUGGUUCCGGAAGGCACCACCCGUCCCCCGCUGAUCGUCCCGCCCGGACCCUUCACCAUCCAGGACGUGGUGGGUGUGGUGGCCGAGACGAAGCACCAACGCGACCAGGCCUUUGCCACCGCCAUCCAACCGGCGUGGCAAGCGGCGCUGGCACCCGUCACGCAGUUCAACCUUCAGCCCAUCACGGACACCGCGUAUACCACCGCGACCCAGGACAACGUCAACGGUGUCCGGUUGGUCGGUUACGUCGUCAACGGAGUGGCUGACGCUCCGUUUGACACCAACGCCGCGCUGGAACGCUUCCAUGAUUUGAUCGGCGGGGCCAAACCCCCGGGAGUGUACGCCAUCCAGAAUAAGUAUGGGAACCUGGUGGAGGUGGCCAGCCUCCCCGCUCCCGCGGCGACCACGACUCCGGCUGGAAUAUUACCGGUGUUUAUCGUCCCAGGACAGAACAAUCAGACCGCGGUGGUAACCCCAAACGGCACCGUCAUUCUCCCGGCCCAACCGGCCACCGCCAUCCUUCCGUUUGAGCCCCGCGCGUCCGGAAGUGUGCUGCUAAAGAGUUACGCCGAUACCGACGCGCCGGCGAUCCAGGACACGCUGGACCAAUUGUGGGCGGGUGCGCUCGGUGCUCCGGCCGAGAGUAUCAAGAUCGCUCAGUUGAACAGCAGCGGACCGACCGGCAACACCACCGCGGACGGCGCCCCGAUUUACAGUUAUAACUAUCUCUUGUUGGCACUGCCCAAUGUCACCGCCAACGUUUCGGACGCUUUCCCCGCAUUCAUCCAGAUGCUGACCAACGGUGACCUUCAAGUGAACCCAGAGGCGCCGGCUAAUAUCACGGAGCAGGUCAAUAAAAACGACACGGCGAUUCUCGGUGUGCUUCAGAGUCUACAGCCGGUAACUACCGUUGCGCCAAGAACCAGUACCGUCGCGCCGGGACCGGCCGUUGUCUCUGUAUUAAGUUUCAAGGAAAGCCAAGACGUGAUUAUUCCGGAUGCGAGCGCAGCACAGCCGUUUAUGGAUGGAUUGAGACAUUUGUGGGCACAGGCUGCCAACGUCGAAGAUCCGGCAGUGCAAAUUGGCUCACCUAAACUCACCAAAUCCGAUCCGCCCCGCGUCGCUCCCAACGGCGUGCCAAUCCAGAACCUAGUAUACGACGUCACCAUCCAGAACAAUAGCGACCCGGUGAAUGUGAUCCGCGCCCGCGAGAGGGCCUUGGCACCUAAGUCCUCCAUCGCCGGCAUGCUGUUCUUCGGUUCCACCCUGGCCGCCAACACCACCAACACCAGCACGGCGACCAUCGUGCCCAUCCCGGUACCGCUUCCAGCGGGAGCGACCACCGCCGCCCCGGUGGUGGCCACCACUUUAGCGCAACAAGCUUUGCCACCAGCGCCACCUGUGUACUACCACGACCUGGACGCCCACAUCGCCAACAUGGACGUGGUCAAUCAAUUGCAGAACGACCUCGGGGUUCUUUGGUCCCAGGCGUACGGUGUCCCACAAGGAAACGCCCAAGUGGUCGUCCAGGGAAUGCAGCCAGUGGGUGUCGACGAGAACCAGCGACCCAUCAGCCGGGUCCAGUACACUGUGCAGGCACCAAAGAACGAGACGCCGGAGAUCAUCGAUACCUUUACGAAACUGUUACUGAACUCGCCCAUCAAGGACAUCCUGGUGGUACCGAGUAACCCAGCGCCGCCGGCCGGAAAAACCUCCCAUUCGGUGGAGAUCGCCGUGUCCAACCCACAGGAACUCGACGCCGUGUACAGCGGGCUGCGCAACUCGUGGGCCUCGACGCUCGGCUUGGACCAACAGCCCGGGGCGGUCACCGUGGCCCUGACGGCGCUGUUGCCCGAGAACGUGGCCACCCAGAACGGCGUGCGCGUCCAGAAUGUCACGUAUGAUCUCACCGUCCCGCCCAAUGUCGCGGUGGGCCCCGAGCAGGAGCAGGCAUUCAUGCAGGCGCUCUUGGCGUCACCCGCCCGACCGUAUCUCUUUGUCCGUGGUGAACCUGUUCCAGCAACCACGACCGCGCCCAAUGGAUCCGUGUUUGUAGUCCCGGUCCCGGUUCCUGUCCCAAGUGGACCGGCGCCGAUUGCCCUCACUGACUCCAUCAUUCUCACGCCCACCUCCCGAGGCGCCACCGCCAACAUUAUGGUACCGGUGAAACAAGCCUGGGUGACCGCUUUGGGACCCAGUGCUUCCGACGUCCAGUUGACGAUCAAAUCGGACAGACCCUACAGCCAACCAACCACCGAAGAAGGCAAACCCAUUCGUAAUAUCACCUACGACGUAACGGGAGUAUCCAGUACCGGCCCGGUCGAUGAGUACGCCGUGAAGGAGAAAGUUCGGCAGCUGUUGGCCACGAAACCGGUUGACAACGUCUUCCUGGUGCCGCCUCUGGGAGAGCGUCCGGCGACGGUUGCCACAGUGGCGCCGGAGACCACGACCAACGCCUCGGUGCCGAUCGUGCCGGUGGUGCUGACCACCGCCCCCGCGGAGACCACACUUGCCCCGGGUGAGACCGCUACGACCGCCAAUGCCACCGGCCUUGCGGUGAUCCCGGUCGUUGUCCCCGGUACCGGCGCGGAAGCCACCACCGCGGCACCGGUGACCGCCAUGAAAUUCCUCCAACUGCGCCGCCCGGUGAAGGCCGGCGAUGAAGCGGAGAUCGCCGCUCUGAUCGCCGCGGCGUGGGCGGAAGCCAACAACCGGUCGCCCAACGAUAUCCAGGUCAACGUCACUAAUAUCGCCCCCACCGUCGACGAGAAAGGUCAGCCGUCUUCCAACAUUACAUACUUACUGACAUCGCCGACCGCGCUCGUGGUCCCGGAAGGCCCGGCGAUGACGCGAGUGCUGGCGCAGAAGAACUGGCCGGUGUGUGAUCAAUGUUUCAUGGUGCCGGAGCAGAAGGUCUUCAUGACCAUGCCUGAUCCGCAUCACAUCGACCCGACGGAGAUCCGCAAGGGCCUGAACCAAGGGGUCACCCUGGCCAAUCCGGACAUCGAUAGCACCAGGCUCCAAGUGGGCUUCCCGCAGUCCUCCCCACCCAAGGCCACGGAGCUGGUCAGUGAGGAUCAAAAACGGCUGCUUCAGGUCAACUAUUUCGUGGCGGCAAUCAAUAACCAGAACCAACUGAUGGGAGCACUUCCGCCCAAGGUGGACCAGGUCCAGGCGCAGUUCCCGGACCGCACCGUGUACGCCGAAGGGGAUGCGCGCCUGCGUGAACCGGUAAUUCUCCACAUCCAACGCCGCGAUGACGCCUGGCAGCCGGAAUACAACAAUCCGGAUCAGGUCCGCAAGAAUAUCCGCGAGGAACUGGAGCGCAUCGGGGAUAAGGCGGUGAAGAACGUGGCCGCCCAGCGGAAUCUUCCCUGCAACGACUGCACCGGAAAGGUCCUGGAUGUCAUGGAUCUGUACGGCCGCUUCGGGCGACACUUCCUGAAGGUCAUCAUCUACCCGGAGAACAUCGGCAACGGCUACCCGGAUGCCAGCGUGAUUGCGGAUAUUAAGAAGGAAGCGGAGGGUCUGAUUAAUAACUCCAAACAGCCCAUCACGGUAUCACCAGAAUCGGACCGAGCUACGAUGGCUACGGAUCCGGAGAAGGUGUACUUCAGGGAUUACCGCGGACGCCCGACGAUCUAUGACAUACGCAAUAAGGAGUCAGAAUUCCUGCAACCUUGGCUCAACAUCAACCCUGAUUGUAAACCCGUCGGCAAGGUGGACUGCGGUCUGCAUGCACUGAUGCUGUCGGCGGAAACCCGGCAAGCCAUUUCUGACGGGUCCAAGGUGACACGCGUGUACUACAUCGUGGAAGCCAAAUCACCAUACGUCCAUUAUCCCAUACCCAGGGACAUUAACACCCCGAUCCCCAGCCAACGCCUCCGCUCCAUUGUCAUGCCGAAUAGCAGCCAUGCCGCCCACAACCUCGCCGAACGCCACGCCAAGCACGCUCGCUCCGUGAUGACACGAGAAGCCCAUCGCUUCCGUCGCCAAACUGGCGACGAGGCGCCUCCCACCGGCGGUGAGGCUGCCACGCCUGUACAAGGUGCCGCUGCCGCUGUUCCAGCCACCCCGGCGCCAGAAACCGUCGCGCAGCCGGUACAAGCCGCCCCACAGCCAAUACAACCCGUUCCGCCGCAAGUGGACACACCCGCACAACCGGUCGCAGCCGUCGUUCAACCAGUAGACGCCGUUGUGCAGCAACCAGCCGCCAACGUCGCGCCGGCGGACAACGCCAACGUCCAGCUGACCAAUUCCACCGCGGCCCAGACACCGAUACAGUUGUACUGCUACAUGAAAAACAACGGCACGUUCAUCCCUUAUUUCAGCGAGACCGUACUGGCCCUGAAGGAUGAUUCUCAGGGAGCCGGUAGCGCUACCAAUGCCCCCGCCGUCCCGGCGGCAGCCGCAGCCCCGACCACAGCGGCACCGAAUGCCGGCAGCGAGGACGACGCCUCGCUCCGAAUCGGCGCACCCCAAUGUACGGACUGCGUUUGCGGCAUUCCGGCUUAUAAGAUUCUUCUCAAAGGUCACGUUCCUAAGGACCAAGUGGCCAAUGUUACCAGGGACAUCGGCCGAGCGUGGAGGGAUACCCAUGGUGCUAUUCUGAAAGAUGAAGCCGGCAUUGAUCUGGAUAAAUGGGUGCCGUAUGUUGUCGAACAGGAACCGAACUACGAUUACCGCGAUGCCAAAUACGGUAACUUAACAUACUUAACGUACACGAUCCUCGUGGCGAACGGAACAACGGAUGAUUUACUGAUCCCCGAUUUGACGCAAGAGCAACUGGCAGCUUACGGCGCCAACGCCACGUACCCGCCCUGCAACGACUGCCAUCCGCUGAUGGACUACGUAGCGUUUGUCGGUGGUCUGCCGACCGACAAUGGCACCAACAGCGUUGUGGCUAAAGCGCUGGCCGACACCUGGAGCGAUGGAAAUCGGGAAGCGGUCAAGGUUGCUGGUAGCCCAUUCACUGUUGAUCCAAACUACUCAUUAACAGGAGGCUACAGCGCUAAGAUUGGAAACGCCAGCAUUCCCGUACAGCGUCUGGAUUACACGGUGGCCGUUCCGCCCAACACAACAUGGAAUAUGCUGGACUGGACUGUCAUCGGUCUGCCCGACUUGGAAACUUUCAACAGCCACUUCCGCUCGGACGUCAGUCCCAAUGCCACGGUGUAUCCUUAUGAAACGGUGACUGCUACCAGAGCGGCAUCGACUGAACCUGAAUACAGGCUGACAACAACGCCCAACUGGCUACCGGCAGCCAUUAUUGUUCCUCUCUUCGGUGCCAUCCUUAUGGUCUUGAUAAUUGUCUGCCUCAUAACAAGGGCAAGUCGGAUCUUCCGCAGCAAGAAGACCGUGGUCAUCACCGACCCGGCCAUGAUCCAGACGAUGCACCCCAAUGAUUCGCCUUUCAAAGAGGGCAACGGCAAAUCCAACCAUGGUUUCGAUGAUUUCCACGGUGGUGUACGACAGGAUAUCAGCAAAGUAUGAAAGGAAACGGCAUAGUCACGGUACAUUGCGAGAGUGUGCCGUGUGCGCGCCGGUGUUUGCUCAGUAUAGUCCUAGAUUUUGACCAAUUUACUUCUCCCCCCGGACAAAGAAUGUGGCUUUCUUUUUUUGUGGAUUUACGACUAUAAUUGUGUAGGUCAAUAUUCUUACAUGUUACUCAUUGGUUAGUGAGAUUUUCCCUUCAGGUUGCGCAGCUAAUUGAGUGUUGACUUGAGGCUUUGAUAUUCUUCCUUUGGCAUUCUUCGCUUAGUUGUUGUUAUGUUUGAAUCAAAACUGCUGUGUUUUGUUUCUCGCUGUUAAAAUUGUUCUGCAUGAAAUACUCUUAUCGGCAAAGAUGUUAAUGUUAUUUUGUCACAAAUAUCAUCUUAUGGCUUCCGAAUCAUACCGGUGUAUAUAAAUGUCGCAGU